CCAUUGCCGUCACAGAUUGCACCAAUUAACACAUUCUUUCUGGAUACGUCACUGAUGACGAAUGCGCAUACGCAUGCUUUUGGGACUUUUCUGAUAGCGUCGCUAUUGGCAAUCCUCGCAUGUAGGACUGUUUAAAAAGGUUCUGUUUUGUUAGUAAGGAAUAAACACGUGAAAAAUUUGCAAAAAUGGCGGCCGUUGCAGCUGCAAAAGUUCAAGAAGUUCGUGAAAUCACAAGGAUAGAGAGAAUUGGUGCACAUUCUCAUAUUAGAGGUUUAGGUUUGGAUGAUAGUUUAGAACCUCGCCAUGUGUCGCAAGGUAUGGUUGGUCAGCUUAUGGCAAGGAGAGCCGCAGGUGUUGUCCUUGAAAUGAUUAAGGAUGGUAAAAUAGCAGGCAGAGCUAUACUGUUGGCAGGGCAACCUGGGACUGGAAAAACUGCCAUUGCCAUGGGAAUGGCACAAGCUUUAGGAAUGGAUACUCCAUUUACUUCAAUGGCAGGUUCCGAAAUAUAUUCUUUGGAAAUGAGUAAAACCGAAGCUCUUACUCAAGCUAUUAGAAAAUCUAUCGGUGUCAGAAUCAAAGAGGAAACAGAAAUUAUAGAAGGUGAAGUAGUCGAAAUACAAGUAGAUAGACCUGCUACAGGUAUAGGUGCUAAAGUUGGUAAACUAACACUGAAAACAACGGAGAUGGAAACAAUCUACGAUCUAGGAAACAAAAUGAUCGACAGUUUAAUGAAAGAAAAAGUACAAGCUGGAGACGUGAUUACAAUCGACAAAGCCACAGGAAAAAUAAAUAGACUGGGAAGGUCAUUUACUAGAGCUCGUGACUACGAUGCAACUGGUUCUCAAACUCGCUUCGUACAAUGUCCCGAGGGUGAAUUACAAAAACGCAAAGAGGUCGUACACACAGUAACUUUACACGAGGUCGAUGUUAUUAACAGCAGAACCCACGGAUUUUUGGCGCUGUUCUCUGGUGAUACAGGAGAAAUUAAAUCAGAAGUACGAGACCAAAUAAAUGCGAAAGUCGCUGAAUGGCGCGAAGAAGGAAAAGCAGAAAUCGUUCCAGGCGUUUUGUUCAUCGACGAGGUUCAUAUGCUCGACAUCGAGUGCUUCUCGUUUCUUAAUCGAGCACUCGAAAAUGAAAUGGCACCAGUCGUUAUUAUGGCUACAAAUAGAGGUAUUACUAGGAUCAGAGGAACGAAUUACAAAAGUCCGCAUGGUAUUCCAAUAGAUCUAUUGGAUCGUAUGAUCAUCGUUCCAACGAGUCCGUAUCAAGAAAAGGAAUUGAAAGAAAUUCUAAAGAUAAGAUGCGAAGAAGAAGAUUGCGAAAUGGCGGAUGAUGCUCUAACCGUUCUUACCAGGAUCGCAUUAGAAACUUCAUUGAGAUACGCGAUUCAAUUGAUUACUACUGCUUCUCUCGUUAGCAGGCGAAGGAAGAGUACGGAAGUCAAUAUCGAUGACGUGAAGCGUGUUUACCAAUUAUUCCUCGAUGAAAGUAGAUCUACACAGUUUCUCAAAGAAUAUCAAGAUGAUUUUAUGUUCAAUGAAAUGCCGGAAGAACCGAUGGAAAUAUCGUAACGAUAGGUAAAUAAAUAAAUUUAAACGCGAAUGUUGUUCAAUAAAAGUUUAUAAUUUUCUACUUAUUAAUUCCUUUCAA